AGCGGGUGGGUAGCAACAGUUGCCCUGGUGAGGACGAAGCGCCAUAGCCACGGUAGCCCUGGCGACAAGAACCCAGCAACGAGAAUCAACAACAACAACUGAAUCCACUAUAAAAAUAAAAGAAGAUAUUUUAUUUUGGGACAAGCGCGCGUGGAGGCGGAGGUCAAGUUAUAGGGUGACUGCCAGGUCUUGAAAUGGCCACCUCAGCCUAUGUAGGGGAGAUGCAACCAGCAGCCCAGCCUCAGGGGGCUGUAGUGACCGUCACACCGGGUCAGCCUGACACUGCCUCCACCCCUGCAACUACACCUCAGUUUCUGGCAGAGAUUCAAACUGCUGUGGCUACCCCCACUGUUGUCACACCUACAGGCCAAACUACUCCCACUGAGCAGGUUUCCGUGGUCGCCUCUCAGAAGCCUGCAGCCGGGAGUCAAACCCAGACUGCAUCGCAGGUGCAGCCGGCUCAAACGCAGUACGUGACAGCAGAGAUCCAGGGUUCCCCCACGCAGUCUGGAAAUGCUCAAAGCACUCCUCAGUACAUUGUUGUCACAGUCACAGAGGGGUCUCUUCACUCAAGUGACAGUGUGUCAGAUUCUAGCCCACCUCCAGCUGUUGUGCAGACAGGAGUUCCCACACAGGUUGUUCAGCAGGUACAGGCAGCCCAGCAGAGGUCGGUGGUGCAGGCCACUUCUCAGAUAGCCAAAACUGAGCCAGGCACACAGCUCAGUGUCACCAAUCUACAGCCUGUUCAUAUCACACAGGAACUUCCCGUUUCAAUGGAGGCCGUCGAGUUAGGCAGAGAUAGGACAGUAGACGAGUUGCAGCUUCAUCAUCUGACAGCAGAUCCUGAAUCUUUGGCCUGGGUGCCAAAAGUCCACAAUGACAACAGUGGGCUCUGGACUGUUUAUUACCAAGUCCAGCAGCAGCUUGCUUCAGUGCCGGUGCAGCAUGUGUACGCCAACCAAGUGCAGUAUGUGGAAGGAGGAGACACCAACUACACCACCAGCACCAUCCGCUCCAGCAACUUCCCUUACACUGAAACGCCGCUGUACACCCAGAGCACGGCUGCCCAGUAUUACGAAGGUCAGCCGACAUCGGGCGCGCAGGCCUCUUCACCCGGCACGAGUUUGACAGUCGCCGUGACUGCCGGCGCCACGGGGGGCGUGUCCAUGUUUGUGGCCCAGCCCACCACUGCGGCAGGGGGCGGCGCCACUGUAGUGACCGCCGGGGGCACUGCCAACGGGUCAGAGGAAGGGGCGGGCACCAAUGGUAGCGCAGCGGGCAGUUACGUGAUCCAGGGCGGUUACAUGCUGGGCAGUGGCAGCAACAGCAGCAGCAGCAGCAGCAAUGGAGGGGCCGCCGGGAACAGUCAGAACUACUCACACAGCGCCCGCGCCUCCCCAGCCACUGUGAGUAUUACAGAGGGCGAGGAGAGUAGCGUGCCGUCGGCAGACAAGAAGGUACAGUGGUUGCUGGACAACUAUGAGACGGCUGAAGGAGUAAGUCUGCCACGUUCCACGCUGUACUGCCACUACCUGCUGCACUGCCAGGAACAGAAGCUCGAACCAGUCAACGCUGCUUCCUUUGGGAAACUCAUCCGAUCCGUGUUCAUGGGGCUUCGCACGCGACGCCUGGGCACUCGGGGCAAUUCUAAAUACCACUAUUACGGACUGAGAAUCAAGGCCGGCUCAUCUCUUCUCCGACUCAUGGAAGACCAACAACAUUUGGCCAUGAGGCAACAGCCGUUCUCUCAGAAACAAAGGUUGAAGCCUGUGCAUAAAGUUGAAGGUAUGACCAACGGGACUGCAGCAGGAGCAGGCCAGCAGCAACAGCAGCAACAGGGAUCCGGACAUGUGGACAUCAGCACCCAGGUUCAGCAGUACCAGCAGUUCCUGGAUGCUUCUCGAUCUCUCCCGGAGUUUCCAGACAUCGACCUCCAUGGGAAGUCUCUCCCGGAGGGAAUUGAACUCGACCACAUAAAGAGCUUUCAGCUGCUUUACAGAGAACACUGUGAGGCCAUACUGGACGUGAUGGUCAAUCUGCAGUUUACGCUGGUAGAGACUCUAUGGAAAACCUUCUGGAGGUUCAGCCAAAGCCAAGCUGGAGAUACUCCAAUGGCUGUGCACGAUGAGUCAGAGAAGCGCCUCCCAAAAUCCUGCCUGGUGUUGCUGUGCAAGUACGAGCCGGUGCUGCGCUGGAGCCGGGACUGUGACAACAGUCUGUACCAGAGCCUGGUGGAGAUCCUCAUCCCCGACGUCCUCAGACCCAUCCCCAGUGCCUUAACACAAGCCAUUCGUAACUUUGCCAAGAGCCUUGAGAGCUGGCUGACCAACGCCAUGAUGAACAUCCCUGAGGAAAUGGUCCGCAUCAAGGUGACAUCAGCCAAUGCUUUUGCCCAGACGCUGCGCCGCUACACCAGUCUGAAUCAUCUCGCGCAGGCAGCCCGCGCUGUCCUCCAGAACACAGCUCAGAUCAACCAGAUGCUCUCCGACCUCAACCGAGUCGACUUUGCAAACGUUCAGGAGCAAGCUUCAUGGGUGUGCAGAUGCGAAGACCGUGUGGUGCAGCGGCUGGAGCAGGACUUCAAGCUGACCCUGCAGCAGCAGAACUCCUUGGAGCAGUGGGCCGUGUGGCUUGAUGGCGUGGUCUCCCAGGUCCUGAAGCCAUACCAGCACAGCCCUGCGUUUCCAAAGGCUGCCAAGCUCUUCUUACUCAAGUGGUCGUUUUACAGUUCCAUGGUGAUCAGGGACCUGACCCUGCGAAGUGCAGCCAGUUUCGGUUCCUUUCACUUGAUCCGCCUGCUGUACGACGAGUACAUGUACUACCUUAUCGAGCACAGAGUGGCCCAGGCCAAGGGAGAAACCCCCAUCGCCGUGAUGGGAGAGUUUGCCAGUUUAGGUCGCGGUCUGAACCAGCUGGAUCCUGACAAAGAAGAGGAAGAGGAAGAAGAUGAUGAGAGCGAGGAAGAGGGCCAGGAGCUGACCCUCCCCGCCGACGCGGCGGUGCUCGGAGAGGAGUCUCUGGAGCCUCCGGCCAAGCUGGCCAGAACGGACCAGCGCGUCCUCUUCACCACGGGCUCGGCUGACAACUAACUAACCAGCUCCUGUCCUCCAUGCGCACAGAUGUACAAAGCAAAUAACACUAAUUUAUACGUUUGAUAGCUGUAAAUAGGUCCUGUCGAUGUGUGUGUGAACACUGUCGCUGCAAACUGUUUUAAUCGGGUGCAAUGCAAUCCAAACUCUCUUUAACUGCUGCUGCCCGGAUGGCAAAACCACCUGUUGAGUUACACCACCGUCUCUGAUGUUGCAAUAGGAUGUGUGGCUUUAGAAACCAGAACCUUACUGCACACAGAAACGCAGAGAACUUUUAUUUGUAUUAUUCUGUAAAAAGAAAAAAAAAAACAAACAAAAAGCUAAAACCAGGCAUGUUUAAUUUUAACCAUUACAACCUGUUGCCUAGCUGAAAAAACCCCUGCUCCCCUCCGACCUGGAACCGUCACUGCCAUAUGUAGGCGAUCUUGAAAUGCUGCAAUGUCUGUGUGUAGAGGAGGGUGCGAAGCAGAGUUCAAACGUGGGCGCUAAGCCCGGUUGUUACUAAUCUGUGAAGCGCUACGUGAUACAAAACCGAGAUAAUAACUGU